AUGUCGAACUUGCCCACAACCAGAUCGCAUCGAAAAGGCCUAUCAAACAUAAGUGGCGUGCAAUUCUUCUUUUCCUGCAUCACGUGUGUAACGUCAAACGCCAGAUCCGCAGAAGAAGAUCGAACAUGUGAAACAUAUCCAUCCAUCGCGUAUUUCGUGGUAUAUCGAGAAAACGCCGCAUGCAAUGGAACAACCCUAUUUUCAGCACUUCACAACCACGAUGUUGAGCCUGAGAUUUCACCGAUCAGGGUGAGAACGAAGAACGUGCCAGACAAGCAGAUGGAAACGGCGGCAAGGCAACUAUUCCAAGUGGUGAAAGACCACAACAAUGAAGCCAUCCAGGAAAUGUUAGACGUCUCUAACGUUUACUGCUACCAGAACGUAGUCGGGUCAGACGAAGAGGAUUCGGAAGACGAGGAAAUUAGGCCUACGCACUUUCCCACUUCUCCGUGUGCAUUGGUGAUCGUGAACCAACGAGAGUUUUCUGAACGCAUAUUGGCAGCUGCUGAGAGACUACGUUCUGACGGACUCGUGGUGGACAUCGACAUGUCACGUGAGGACAGUUUCAGACGCCCGACCGAAAUGGACACGAGUGACGUGUCUGCAAUUAUAACUAAAAUCGAGAAGACAAUGAGAUUAUGUGAUCACGCCCUCUUUCGUUCGCAAAUAUACGCAAAACCAGCCGGAGCGACAUUUACAUACGUGAGAAUGAUGGAUGUUACAAGUUACCUGCACAAACUGCUCUCCAAUGAUUGCUUAAAAGAGGGUGUGAUGAAGCACUUUCACAUGCUAGAGAAAUUUCUAAGCCAUCCAGCGUGCGAAGUAAUCCUGCAGUUGCAGGUCGAUGUUGACCUCGUCGAAGUUUCCAACGGGUUCUGCUUCUCCAUACGAAACCGUAGCUUUCGUCAGUGUCCAAUCGAUGAGUCGAUGCGUGGAAAAAUCUCCCCGAGAGCGUUCGUGCCGUACGAUUGUUCCACCCCACCAACCCCAGCCUACUUUCGAGAUGCCAUCCUUAACUCAUUCGAAGAUCCGACGGUAAGAGUAAACUUCCUCAACAAAUUUUAUCAAUGUUUAAUCCCGUCCGGAAUGCCACAGAAAGUGAGAAAACUGGUCGUUGCUGGUCCUAAAGACUCUGGAAAAACGUCUUGGGCGAGCGUCUUCCAUCGCAUUAUCCCUGCCGAAAGUAUUGCUUCCAUAACCAACGAACGUCAGUUUUCAGCGUCCAUGGUAACAGACGACACGCAACUGGUGAUCGUAGACGAUUGGUCUGCAAGCACAAUGCAGUCCGACCUUGCAAAAACCAUACUCCAAGGUGGUUGGAUGGUUACGGCUGUUAAGCACGGUGAACCGAGACGAGUUAUGAACAACAGUCCCUAUUAUAUAACGACCAACAACGUUCCUGACUUUCGUGAUGAGAACGAGAACGUUGAAAGGAGAAUCCAGGUUUUCAACACAACAUCUUUACCCUCGACGACACCUGGUAUAGAUCGGUGGAUCUACGAUAACGCCAUGGAUUGCAUCGUGUGGAUUGCUGAACAACUUGAAGCACACUAUCAACACAUCGCUAAGGAUGAAUUGUGGUACGAGCCAACCGUCACGAGAAACCUCACCAUACCGAACAACGAAGGCCCCUCCCUUUUCCAACUCCAUCAUGUUCGUGAUAUCUGCCCUGCCGACUUCGAAGACGCAAAUACAUCCACGCUAGAAACCACGCCCACCAUCCAUGAAAGGUUCGUUCAGGAAUAUCGCACCCAACACCUUGAGGGAAGAAGACGACGUGCACGUGGUUGUAUAAUGGACACGGACGAAGAUAACAUUUUGGACAAUUGGGAAAAUCCACCCUCAUCUGGUAGCGAAAUGUCCAGAAAUGGCGGUAUUGUCCAGACACAACCAACAGCAAAUGCAAUCGGCGAGCUCGAUAUUCACGUACAGCCAUCAAUGCCCACUACACACGAAGGCCGACACGACCAAGAAACAGAUAUUCACGCACAGUGAUCAGCCUCCACUACACCAGAAGCAGCGAACGAGCAGGAAACAGAUCUUCACGCACAGCCAUCAGCGUCCAUUACACACGAAGCGGCACACGACCAAGAAACAGAUCUUAACGCACAGCCAUCAGCGUCCACUACACACGAAGCGGCACACGACCAAGAAACAGAUCUUCACGCACAGCCAUCAGCGUCCACUACACACGAAGCGGCACACGACCAAGAAACAGAUCUUCACGCACAGCCAUCAGCCUCCACUACACACGAAGCGGCACACGACCAAGAAACAGAUCUUCACGCACAGCCAUCAGCGUCCACUACACACGAAGCGGCACACGACCAAGACACAGAUUUUCAAGCACAUCCAUCAGCCUCCACUACACACGAAGCGGCACACGACCAAGAAACAGAUCUUCACGCACAGCCAUCAGCGUCGACCACACGAGAAGCAGCGAACGACCAAGAAACAGGGAACGAUCCUGAAGCAAGUUGUGCACCAACUUCGCUAGAUAGUCCCACACCACCUGCAGAUCUAGAUCAUCUGAUAUCAACUCCACCAGAAGGUUGGCAACUCAAUUCUAAAACUUAUUUUCAGAAGGUAGCACAUCUGAUCAAAUGGUGCUUCAACAAAAAAGAAGUGAGAAAGGCACACGUCCACCAUUACCAAGAACGCCUGAGAAAGGCAGAACUACGACGAACACCUGAAGAACGGAAUUACUGGGUGGUUCCUGAUCCAACAAUUGAUGCUUCCAUGCUGAUGUUGGGACGGCAGCGAGAGAUUUUUAACAUGGAAGGAUUUGCUUGUGCAUUUCCACAAACAAGUGCUCAUUUAGAAAAUCUGCGGAAAAAUGCAAAUGUUCGGGUGAUGCGAGACCGUUGUCCAUUUUCCCUAGCGGUGCAAGCCCUCAGAGUGAAGAGCGGAGAAGCGGAGGAAGAAGUUGAAGAAGAACAGGAAUUAGACAGGGACGGAGAUCCUGCAAAUCCGCCACUAAGUUCCCAAACGUAUUGGACUAAAAUUAAGACUUGGCGGCCAUGGUAG